AUGUUUCCGGGAGUAACGAGGUGUUUAAGGACUUCAGGUUGGUCGUUUGCUCGAAUCAUUUUGCAUAAAGACCUGACGCGACUGUCCGCACAUGGAGGAGCUCGCUUCCGGAUAGCGUGUAGAAGCUUCGUCUCCGGUCGGUGUUUGUUAGGCAAGGUUGCCUCGGCCAACAAACCCAGGGAGAGGGUCGAGAUUCCUGGACUAGAGGUGGUCACUUACAAGGAAAAGAUGCACUAUGUCCCGGGGCUGUCAAAGCCCCCGAACCUACAAUGGGAAAGGGACAGUGGGGAUCCCAUGCAUUACAGAGUUCCUCCGGUCACAGAUAUGCCCCUUUACGAAACAAAACCCUGCUAUGUUUACCACCAGCGGACCAGCGCACUCGAAGGUAAGUUGAUACAAUUUAAUUACUUCAAUGCUUUAUCUUUUUGUAAAAACAAGCGGAAUCUUGAUCAUUUUGAGGUUUUAAAUGUCUUAAAAAAUAGUGCUGUGCACCCUCAGUAUCUUCAUAUUUAUAUAUAUUGUUACACAGGGAGAGGAGAAUAAUAAUAACAAUGCAUGAAUUUCAAGAGGUAGGUCCGGGGUGUAGAGAAAUUUCAGUCAUUUUUGUUCCUCUUGUUAAUAAUCUGUCUUUCAUGGCAAAAACAUCCUCACCCUAGUCCCCAACAACACCUAGAGAACAUAUCAGAUAGGACAGUAGGGGGCACUGUACUCAAGCAUUAAAAAAAAAGAAAAAAAGAAACAGAGCACAUUAUCAGUUGUCAUUAACGGUGGGGUAGACAGGAUCUGAGGAAGUGCCAGUUUUUGGGAGAAAUCUUGAAUGUAAACACUACCCCUCCCAGCCAAUUUUCCCCUCAGCUCCUCCUCUUCCCUCCCUCUCUGCUCCAGCAAGCCCUACCCACAAACAGACGCUCCUGCUCGCUCGUAUCGUUCCAGUUAAAUUCAGAUAUAAUGCAGAUAAAUACUUUGGAUUAUUACAAAUGGGGCCCAGUCAACGUGAAAGUAAAAAGCAUUGGUGCUGCUGUAGAUGCCAACAGAAUACCAGCAAACACAAUGUUUGCAAGACUUCUACAACUAGGAUAAAGUGACAUACUCCAGGACCUGAGCUAAACAGUUUAGCAGAGCUACAACACACAGCAGGUCCCAUAUGACAAGAAACACUUCUGUUACAGACACUUGACUUACUUUGUUUAAGUGGUUUACCUGUCCAGUGGAAAGGUUACAGGGUCCGUAAGAUCCCAAAGCGUCCCCCAUCAUUGUUGACCCGGCUUUUUUAGCUCUUGUCCGGGUGGUCUGCCUCCUUUUUAAGCGCCCAUUAUUCCGCCAGAGUAUGACGGUAGAAAAGUGCCAUAAAUCCAAAGAAGAGCAGACUAUGAUUUGCACUUUGAAUUAAGGCUUCACGAUAUAACGAUAUGUUUCGUCUAAACGAUAGAAAAUUUCUAUUGGGAUACAUGAGCUCUAUCGUUUAUUAUCGCGGUGUCGCAAAAACACGCUUUACGGCAGUGUUUUACGUUGUGACGCUCUACGGCCACUGUGAAAAACACAAACAAGCAUGGAGGAGCCGGGUCAUUGUGGCGAAAGAGAUGACAAUUCUCUUGCAUCAAACGCAGACGAGCCAACGCAGACGGAGGAGCUGUUGCCGAAACGGGGGGCAACGUCGGUUGUGUGGUCGUGGUUUGGUUUUAAAAGGAGCGACACGGAGCAGACCGCUGUAGUUUUAUUCUGAGUCAGCACAUACGUGUAAAUCUAUAUCGAUAUACUCUGAUCUAUAUCUGAUUUGAUGAGCGCGUUUGGACACUCCACCUGACCGAAUUAACACAGCUGAAACCGCAUUAAAUUAAAUAUCCAGUAAACAGUCACACAUGAUGAAGUUAACAAGAUAUUUAAUUCGCCCCCCCCCGCUUAUCCUCCUUCUUCCUCGCGCAGCUUGAUAGGUGUUAUGCCGUAGAAUGCACCCCUGCAUCCCAUCCACUCAUUAGCUUCUUAAAGUGGAAAAAAAAUUAUCUCAUAUUUAAAAAAACACAAGUAUUGGAUCAUGACAGCAUGUCAAAUGGAGCAGCAAACUUUCGUUCUGUUUUUAGGUAUUUAAAAAAAGCACAUAGAGAGGUGUAUUUGCGUAUUUGAACUGCACAGUUAGCUGUCAUGGUACAGAACAUUAUAUUUUCGGGGCAGCAAAUAUUCCGAAUCAGAGGGCUGUUUUUGUCGGCAUAUCUGAAAAGCCUGUAUGAAAUCAUUAAAUGCACACGCUUCAGAAUCAGUCCAACGGUAAGGAAAACUUGGAUUAUUUCGCCUUGUUAUGUAUCUUCAACCGCGCUCCCGUCAGGGGGGCAUUCUACGGAAGGGGUACAUUCUAUGGCACAACACCUGACGUGUCUCUGUGUCCUCUCUCCAUCCUGCUGCUGAUGCGGUGGCACGGCUGAUCAGAUGAUUUAUUUUAAUGAUCAGAUGAGUUAUUUACUUACUAUCAGAUGAUUUAUUUUAAUGAUCAGAUGAGUUAUUUACUUCAAGCUACAUACGAAUUUUAUAUUUUAUAUAAACUAUACAUCAAUUGAAUUUACAAAAAAUGUACUAUAUCGUGAUGUAUAUCGUAUCGAGAUAUAAAAUGAGCUAUAUCGGGAUGUGACCAAAAUCUCAUAUCGUGAAGCCUUACUUUGAAUCCGUAAUUCUCAACUUGUAAAUGUGCAUAUCAGAAUUUUUAAAAGCACUUCCAGUCCGGGGGCCAGAUGUAGCCCUCAGGAUGUUUACUGCUACCUUUUUUUCACUUUGAUUUCCAGUUAGCCUAUAUCUUGGGCCAUACCAAGAUGAUAGGGACCACCCUCAACUCGGGGCCGUUUGGUUUCAGGGGCCCAAAAACCCAAUUUUGGGGCCCCUGAUUACCUAAAUGCAAAUAUCAAGGUGCUGCACCAACACAAAUUGACAGAAAAGUCGAAAAUUUGGCAUGGAGUAUCCUGACACAUAAGGGUAAGUCGAUAAACAAGAUUCAGGACCUUGCUGCAGUUCAAUUCUGAAAUAUCACACUCAACAUCCCAAUGAACACUCGAAAAUUACUGUCUGCUUGAUAGAUCUUCAUCAAUAUGACUGUUUUCCAGCACUUUAUGAUGGCUAUCAAUCCUGCACUGGUAUAUAGAAAACUUCCCAUGUUCCUAUGCUUCGAUUUGAGCCCAAGAUGACCUCUCUAUGUUGAGUAUUACUCUUUCUGUGGCCAAAAUCCUGCACUAUACCUCAAAUUUGAGAAAAUGGCAUUUUCAGUCACUACCCUUUCAGUGAGCACCCACAUUUCUCUGUGAUUAUUGACUUUCUCGACCUGUGUCCACCUUUCUGCCAACCGUCUCUUAAUUGUCUAUUUAUUUCACCUGUCCUGUUAAUACUUAUAUAAUAUAUUUGCACGUUCCUGCCAUUUUCGUCAAGUAAUUGAAGAAUGAACUGAAUACCACAUCACUACAGAUUCAAGGUAUGCUUUAUGUUAUCCAUGACUAGACCACUUGAACCCCCGUAUGGGUAACAGGAGUCCCUCUCCCUGCAAUACCAAUGCUGGGGUUUAGUGGUUAAUGUUCAUCAUUAUAUAGUUUGUGUAACUAAGAUUUAAAAGUAUAAGUUUAAACCAUACCUUUACAAUCCAUAAAUUCAUUUCAAAUAUUUCAGAUUUACCAGACUGAACAUAUUCAAUGUGUACUACAAGAGCAAACAGUUAAGGUAUUAUUUUAUACAGGUAAGCUACAUUAUCACACUUCAUUGUUUUCAUGUGACUGGAAGUGAGAAGACAUAUGAACAUUUGCCCUUUUCUCAUGUAGGAUGAUAAUAUAAUGGUCUACACCUGCAACAACAUCAGUCUGUGCAGAUUUGAGGUGAUAUGAAUACAAUACAUGAAAUAUGUAAUAGCUUUGAAUUAAUGUUAAUUUGCACCCUUAAUAACACACCCUUUGUUGCAAUGAUUAUACUGAUUUUCAGGUGGUUGCAUUGCUACGUGUAAAGCAGUAAACAUGUCAAAGUGACAACAAAAGGAUGAAGCCUGGACACCUUGCCAGAGUUCAUCAAAGAUGGAGAAUGUGCUACCACCUCAGUCACACGUGGAAAAUUGCAUUUUGCAUGGUUGCAAGGGGGAAGUAAAUGAUGGCUUUGUGGCAUUUUCUUCUAAGCUGAUCCACUGAGGACAUUUAAGGAAAUUCAUGAUAUGAAAUCCAAACUUUUGACACAAACAUCUGACUGCGGCGGUAUGCAAGAUGUUUGCGAAUCAAUUCCUGAUGAAUUGUCCUUAGAUACUGGAUAUCACAGAAACUGUCAUUUUUCCGUAAUGCAACCCGUGCCUUAGCAAGAACAUGCCAAGCAGUAAAUCACAGACAAAAACGUGAGCAUAUGGAUUCUUCAGUUUUGUUCGGCAAUUACUGCAUAUUCUGCAAAAGUGGUACUGUGUAGCAAGCUUCAGGCAAGAGAUAUAGCUUGCAGAAAUUCCAGUCAACUGCAUACAAAUCUAUUGAGACAAAAGCUAUGGAACUAGGUGAUGAAGAUCUGUUAUGCAAAAUUGUGGGUGUGGAUCUUGUUGCUAGGCAGGCACAAUUUCAUGACUGCUGUUGCAAGCAGUACUUGGUAAAGUGAGCAUCUCAGCCUGAUAGCACAGAUGCAGCAUCGACAAAGAAAGCAAUGAUAACUAAAGCUUUCACUCAAGUAUAUGACUACAUACAAACUGAAAUUAUUCAAAAAGGUCAGGUUGUCAAACUUGCUUAUCUUACGGAUUUGUAUAAUGAUACAUUGAGAAAAUUUGAAGGAUCUGCUUCUCCAAUAACAGCUCACAACCUCAGACAAAAAAUUGAAUGCCAUCCUGAUCUCAAAGAUAGUGUUGACUUCUCAUCUUGCCCAUUCAAAAACACGUUAGUGUUUUGUCGUUCCCAGGAAUCGAUGAAAACAACAGUUCAGCGUUCAGCUUAUGAGAUGGGAAAUAAUGAUUGGAGUAAAGAAAUCAGCCAUGAUCUUCACCACAAAAUCAUAAAAGCAUUCAAAAAUUCAGAACCACUGACAUGGCCCCCUACAGCUCAUGAUAUCCCAGAACCAAAAAAAGAGAUUCCCUCUGAGGUUUUACAAUUUGUAUUAAACCUAAUCUGUGGUGAUAAAAAGCCAUCACAAAAACCAUCACAUACAGAGGAAUGUCUAGCAAUCUCCAUUUCCCAAGACCUCUGCAGAGCAGAUACAUCAGGCCGAUGGAAGAUGAAGAUGAACACAUCUUGCUAUGUAUGACACUACAGCAUCUCUUCAGAUCCAAGAGCAUAGCCACUCUGAUCAAUAAGCUUGGCCACUGUGAAUCAUACUCAUACUCACUGGAACUUGAAACGGCUCUGGCAAAUUCAAUAAUGGAAAGUGCAUCAAUAAUAAGCCAAUCCGACAUUAUCAGGGGACAACCUGACGAAGCAGUCUUCCAUAGUGACUGGGACAAUUUUGAUCAGCUGGUAUCAAAUAUAUAUGGUGCAGGGUCCAUUCAUACUGCUGCAGGGAUCUACAUGCAAGAUCUAGGAUCUUCAGAUACAGCAGGCCUUACCUCAGUACAGCCUAGACAAUAUCCUACCACUCGACCUACAACAAAACGAAGAUCGUUCAAAAGCCCUGCUCAGGAUUUGCCAACUUACUACAAGCGGAAAUGGUCAGAACCAGUACUGGCAGCAUCCAAUUCAAAUACUGCAGCCACAUGAAGCAACUCAAAAUCAGAUUCUGAUCAUGUUUGGGUCAUUGCUUGUAAUAUCAACUCCGUGGAUCAGCACAUCCCUGGUUUGUCAGGCUGGUUGUUGGUAACUGGCUGUUCUCCAAAAUGCCUCACCAGAAUUGGGUAUUAUCUCAUGAUCAAUGCUCCAAUAACAGAAUUGUCAACCAUUCAAGAGUGCCUUCAAUGCAGCCAAGCUGCAUCCUCUGAAGCUGGACAAGAGUACACCAUCAGUACAUUUGACCUAGAGGUUUGCAUGAAAGCCUACCCUCUAAUAUGGAAUGAACCUGAGAGAUAUAAAAAACACAUAAUCCUCAUUGGCACAUUCCAUUGCUGUGGAGUAUACUUGAAAGACAUAGGCAAAAGAUACUGUCAGGGUAGUGGAUGCGUAGAAGUGGCUUUAGAAGCUAAACUAAUCACCACCGGCUCUGUGAAUGCAGUCACUGAUGGGAAGAAUUGGGAUAGAGCUAUGAACACACACAAGUCCAUGCUCGAAGCUCUCGAGAGACUCCUAUAUGAAAAGUAUCUGGAAAAUCAUGAACCACUCUCCUCUGAAAGUAUCCAUCUUCUGGAAAAAAAAAUAACCUCAGUGAAUCUCCUCUCACUGAUGUAUUAGCAUCAGCCAAUGUAUCUACCCACAUAGGAGAUUAUCUUUCCUUCAGACAAACUGUGCGAAAUGGAGAUCUGGGAGAAACCCCCCGAUUUUGGAUGGAAUACAUGGACUGCAUUUGCCGUGUGCUGUCAGUGAAUAGAGCAGUAAAGAUGAAUGACUUUGAUGGACACAAAGCUGUCAUAAAUGCCAUGCCUGACCUCUUUUUCUGCUCAGAUCAACAGAAUUAUGCUAGGUUCCUCACAUAUUUUGGCUAUUUUCUAGAACACAUUGAGGAAACUCAGCUAUGCCAGUAGAUGUGCACUAUGAUGUGUUGAAUGCUUUUAAAAACGGCCAAACACAAAAAGAAAAGUUCAUCCGUAAUUGACUAAUUGGAAAAGAAGUCCCUUUCUUCAAACCUAUCAAGAGGAACAAGUUCAAAGCUAUGUCUUCCACCACACCUAAAAGGCAGCUUGUGGCAUCCAACCAGAAGGUGAUCCAGUAUAAGGCGACAAGUGGGUUUAUCUUUCAGAUCUUCAUCAAAUCCCAACUACUGCGGUCACAAAUCAGCAUCUCUGAAUUGAUGUCCUACCCACUGACUGUGACUCCAUAUUCCAUCUUAACAGUUGAUGGAUUCUUUGCAAAAAACAAUAAAGCACAGGGGAUGAACCUCAUGAUUAAAGAUGCUGAGAAUGUGGAGCUUCCCUCAGCUAGUCAGUGUGGUCUUGUAGAUGGCAAUGCCACUUUCUACAUGAGCAAUGUGCCCCAGACAGUGAAAACCAUUUCAGAACGUAUCAUCAAAAGUCAACCUCCUGCAGCAGAAACGGUGUUCAGUACAGAUACCUACGUUGACUGUCUUCACUCUCCAAAGUCAGCUAAGAGGGACCGUAGAGGUUGUAGUGAGCGGUAUAUAGUCAAUGGUCUGAAUGUUCGCCGACCUGCCGAUUGGAAAGGGUUUCUCUCAAAUGAUGACAACAAGAAGUCACUCAUACAUUUGCUUCUUGAGCACUGGAGCUCCACAGAAAUGUUGGAAGUGAUACAGCGAAGGCCCAUCAUCUUUAUUGAGGCUGGUAAAGCUUAUAGGAUUAAAGUUGAAGAUGGAGUGGUUUCAAAGGCACUUCUUCCUGACCUCUGUUCAAAACAUGAAGAAACUGAUGUGAGGGUGAUCAUCUACAUUAAUCACAUACAAAACACAUUGCCUCACAUCAGAACUGUCAGAGCAGAAGACUCAGACAUUUUCUUCAUUCUCCUUUACUAUGCCAAGACCUUCACAGUAGACGUGAUAUUUGACAUGGGAGAUAAGCUCAUAAACAUCAACCAUCUGGCUGAAGACUAUUCCCAAGAGCAUAUCUCCGCCCUGCUGGCCCUGCAUGCCUUCACUGGUGCUGACUGCACCUCAGCAUUCAAAGGCAAAGGAAAGGUGCGACCCAUGAAGCUUUUGAACAAGCAGUCAAAGUUCAUAGAGAUCUUUGCCGCAGUGGGGAACUCUUGGGAACUUGAUGGGUUUGAACUAUCUGGUACUGAGGAGUUCACCUGCCGCCUCUACAGCUUUGGUCCUCGAGGGAAGCAUGUCGAUGAGGCAAGAGAAAUCAAGGUGCAGAAAAUGUGUUGCUCAAGCCUUGAACUUCGCCCAGGUCUCUCCAUUGACCUUUCCACCUUUCCACCGUGCAAGAGGGUUCUCGUUCAGCACAUCAAGAGAGUGAAUUUUCAGGUAUGCAUCUGGAAGAGGGCUCAUGAGAACAACCCAGCAAUCCCAUCAACUCUUGACAAUGGGUUUCAUCUCAACACGGAAAAUGGAAAACUAGAGCCUCUGUGGUUUGAAGGUGAUGUCAUCCCAAAAGCCCUCAUUGAUGUCUAGGUUGAGGAGGGGACAGAUGAGGAUGACCCAGAAGAAAUCCAUACAUACAUAAAUGAUGACGAGGAAGAGGAGGAAGACGAAUAUGAUGAUUGAAGCUAAAUCAUUUGACAUGAUUCAAAGGAAAUUAAGUUGUAAAGUUUGGAUUGGGAUAACAUUUGUUUGAUUUUGUGAAGCAUGGCAUUGUUUUACUGUGCAACUUUUGGUGCACAUUAAGGCUGCACGAUAUUGGAAAAAAAUAAUAUUGCGAUUUUUUCAACCCUGCGAUAUAUAUUGCGAUAUUAAAAAUACAGUAUUUUCACCAGAUGACCUGAAUAGCACUUAAUGUUAUGCUGCACUGCUGAAAUCUUGAGGACAGUUAAUCUGCUCUGAUCUUACCUCUUUUUGUGAAUGUUAGUAGAAUGGCUUCUGUCUGUCUCAGAGAUAUUUUUAGCUUUUAUUGUGCUGGGACGUUAUUGUGGCAACAGGUGAACACAGAAGACGUGUUUUGGUCGACAUCAUCCUUCUUUUAACCGAAAUAAUUCCAGAUAACUGACUUUCCUGUUCUUUUUGGCAACAAAUCUUCAUUUUCGGUGGUUUUCUCUUGUUCGUUGUUCAUUUUGCGAUCGUUGUUGUUGUUGUUAGCGGUGUUGUGCCGAGAAACGCAUGUCCUCCGAGAAUUGCAUGCACCUCGCAAAACGCGCACUGCUUAUAGUAGAGUGGUCCACGGAAAUGUACAAUUUAAAACCCAUACAGUUCUUAUUUGUUGGGCAGGGUAGUCUGAUUGGCAACUGAGAAGUGAGUCUGAUUGGCAACUGAGUUAAGGACGAAGGCGAUUGGUGGAUCGCUGCACAGCACAUGCAGAGUCACAUGGAGUGCAUCUCAGUCGGUUACCCUUGAAAUUAAAUGAGUUCAUUCACCUCCAAUAUCGCAGGCUCUGCGAUGUGACUAUCGCACACACGUACAUCGCGAUGACGAUAGUCAAACGAUAUAUCGUUCAGGCCUAGUGCACAUUGUUUUGCUACUGAUUGGAACAAGCUAUUUGUGUAUCAAAAAUACAUCAUAAACACUGUUGAAAUCAUUUGUGUCUGCUGUAGUAUUCACUAUCCAUGCAUUUAACUUCAGAUAACAGUAGUAGCAGAACAUGUCUUAUUUUCUGGGCCUCUUGGAGGCUAGUGAGUGAAAUGUCAGUUUUCGCUGAAAGGAGUGUAGUGCAGAUUCUUGGCCACAGAAAGAGUAAUAUUCAACAUAGAGAGGUCAUCUUGGGCUCAAAUCGAAGCUUUUGAACAUGGGAAGUUUUCUAUAUACCAGUGCAGGAGUGAUGGUCAUCAUAAAGUGCUGGAAAACAGUCAUAUUGAUAAAGAUCUAUCAAGCAGACAGUAAUUUUCGAGUGUUCAUUGGGAUGUUGAGUGUGAUAUUUCAGAAUUGAACUGCAGCAAGGUCCUGAAUCUUGUUCAUCUACUUACCCUUAUGUGUCAGGAUACUCCAUGCCAAAUUUUAGACUUUUCUGUCAAUUUGUGUUUGUGCAGCACCUUGAUAUUUGCAUUUAGGUAAUCAGGGGCCCCAAAAUUGGGUUUUUGGGCCCCUGAAACCAAACGGCCCUGAGUUGAGGGUGGUCCCUAUCAUCUUGGUAUGGCCCAAGAUAUAGGCUAACUGGAAAUCAUAGUGAAAAAAAGGUAGCAGUAAACAUCCUGAGGGCUACAUCUGGCCCCCGGACUAUUCUCCAAGGUUGCACUUGUAACUUCAGAUUUGCAAAUCUGCAUCUUCGAAUUUGCACCUGUAACUUCAGAUUUGCAAAUCUGCAUUUGCAUGUUUGCACUUGUAACUGCAGAUCUGCAAAUCUGCACGGCAGGAUUUGUAUCUGCUACUUCCUAUCUGCUCGCUCAGUUGCGUCGUCCUCCUCAUGUGAUUUUUGGCACGAUUCUCCCGGUUGAAUAUGAGAAACAAUGUGCACUCGCAGACCUUGCUCUGCCACUUGCGUCCAGUGGGUAGCAGUGUGGUACUAAGUCUGUAAAGGCGACUAGAGCUGCGCUGGUCCUCCUGUCAGUUUUGUCCCAGUGGAUUUGCCGUAUUUUGUUAUCCAAGAUACACAAGGCCAUUAAUGUAUCUGUGUAAGAUCCCUAACGUUAAUAAGUAUAACACAGCAAGUUGCCAUUAACACCUCAUUACAAGAUAAAAUAGCAGGCCUAUGAAUGCUUUGUAAACAAAAGUACUUGGUACAUGUUCCUAUCAUCAUUAUAGGUUUGUUAAUAAAAUAGUAAACCUGUUGUGUCCCUUGACAUUCCUCAAAGUGGACUAGCAGAACAUGCACUGACAUGGUUGACCCACAUUUUUUGCAACCAGUUUUGGGCAGUUUGGCAAAAACACUUUGGUCUUGUGGGAGGGGAGUCGUGUCAAGUUGUUCUUGUAAUGGCAUAAUGGAUAUUGUGUUUUUGCCAGAGUAGGAAGCUAUUUUUAACUUUUGCGCAAUGUACCCCUCUGCUUCAGGUGAAAGCAAGCUUAGCUUGUGUUGUCCAGUUCCUCCUACACAAAAACCACACACACACACACACACACACACACACCAUCACAGAAGCUUUGUAUAUAUGUAUGUGUGUAUGUAUAUUUGUGUUUGUGUAUAUGUGUGCGUGUGUGUGUAUAUAUGUGUGUGUGUGUGUGUGUGUGUGUGUGUGUGUGUGUGUGUGUGUGUGUGUGUAUGCAGGGUUUUUUCCAGGCUCAAAUUGAGGCAGAGGUGGCACCAUCCUGACCAUGCGCCAUGACGUGCAUGUAUUUGUAAAUUCAACUGACUCACUUUCUUUUACAGGCAACAUUCUUUAAGUUAAGAGUUCAAAAAAGAGUGUGACCAUUAUCAUGUUAAAGCAUUCAUUUAUUAAAACAAUAUACAUACACAAAUCAGCUGACAACUUUAAAUUUAAAGUACACUUCAUCCACAAAUCUCGCAACCAGACAGAACAUUUCAGCCUCCUCUUUUUCAUUCUGUAGAACCUCCUCAUGCACUCCUUGUAGUCCAAGGCCUCCUGGGGCCUGUUCUACGAAGCAAGUUCAACCUAGCGAGGUAGCCUUGGAGCUACCUCGCUCAACUUAGCGCGGUAGCCAGCGGUCUCGCUACACGGGUUUACGACGCUGGUUAACAACCUCGUAAGUUGAUCCAGCUUUGCUAUGAGCGCGUGCACACAUGUAAGGCGGAGCCCGCCGCAUCUGACCAAUCGCGAACAUGGACAAGUCUGGAGCGUCAGAGCAGGCUGGAGAGUGAAGGACCGCAGACUUUACAAACGAGGAGCAGGAGACGAUCAUGAGAAAGUAUCAGGAAUUCAAAGCUAUCACAAAGCUCAAAAGCAACACCGUCGUCGCUACAAAAGCACGGAAGGCAGAAAAUUAAUCUUUGAUGCCAUUAUCACCCUGAAAUAGCACUGUUCAACAUGCGUUUUUAACUAAGGUGACCAGACGUCCCCGAUUUCCGGGGACAGUCUCCGAAUUGGAUGAUCUGUCCCCAUCUAAAACUGUCCCCGAAAAUGUCCCCGAUUUAAGCGUUUCAUGAAUGAGAACAAAAAUGUUGCAUGUGGGCUAGAACAACGGUUAUUACACUAGGUAGGAAGCACAAGUAAGCAGUCCUGAACAACAGUAUUUACAGGGUUAUUAAAAGGGGCAUGCGCUGCUACUAAAUAGUACCUAGAUGUUGUCUGUGAUCACACAGCCCAUGCAGCUCAUUCAUUUGUUCAUUCCUAUCGUGUUUACAUGUUUUGUGUGAUAUGUAGGCCAUAUGAGCCUUCCAUAAAGGUGGUCAUCCGGAGAAGUAAGUGGGUCCGUGCAGUCCUUGUAAACUCUCGCGAGCCGGAGUGCUCCUCCUCGGACAAUGCGAGCACCGAGGUCUACAGGAUCCUCCGAGAGCGGACAAGCCGUUUUUCGAGAGAGCUCAUUGGUCAGUGGGCGGGUUUUUAUGCUCGGGGAGUUCAAUCUGGAACUUAACCUGCCCCGGAGCAGGUUAGCCGUUCAGCGUGCGUUGCUAUGGAGACUCGCCUCGCUAAGAAGUUAACCCGCGUCGUAGAACAGGAAACCCCGAACUUACCCUCGAAGUUAUCUCGCUAAGCAGUAAUCCUGCUUCGUAGAACAGGCCCCUGGUCUGGUCCAUCAACGGCCACCUUACAACAGACAUCCAAGUGCCUCUCCUUCAGUCUGUUCCGCAGAGGUGUCUUCACCUUAAACAAAACAAUUCAUCAUGCAUUAAGUAUUUUUGUUUUUAUUCUGAUACAGGUAUGAAGAGUGAUAGUGUUUUCAAUCAUAUAUUAUAUAUAUGUAUACGCUGCAGUGUCCUCCCUUAAAAAAAUGACAACCAAUUAUUUCUUAAACUAUCUAAACUGUUAUUUUAGUUUUUGUAACUAUUAGUUGAGUGUUUUUAGGUACUACCAUCUUUAAUAUACUUCUCCUUCUUUUCUGCUGCUUUGUGAGUGGCUGUCACCUCAUGUCAUUUUAAUGUGUCCAGCCUGUAGUUGGUUGAUGGCUGUCUCACUAAGGAGGCAGCAAUUGCCUGCUGUGUUGGGGCACAGUGCUUUUGGCAUAAAUAGCAGUGCAUGCCUUCCUCAGUAUGCCUGAGCCAGGUAAAUUGAUUGAGCCACUGCUUGUCAAAGCCACUGGCUCUGUGUUUUUGAAAAGAUCUGGAAAAAGGAAUAAAAACCAUGUACAUGUUGGCUUUGUGUUGUUAUGCUCCUAAUUGGAAACUAAUUAAUUUAUUAUCUUCGCCUCGCCGACUCGUCCUGUCCUGCAUUCUGACCCUCGCGAUCACCAGUCCCUUGUUAAGUACUUUCAGACCUGACACAAAUUUCCACGUUGUCACCACCAUGAAUUAUAGCAUUUUAACUGCCUGUUACGGUUUUUCUCUGCUGUGUUUCACCUGGACUCUUGACUUUCCUCCUCGCGAGGUCGCUUUUUAAAGUACUGGCUGAUUUUGCCUGUCAUAUCUGCAACGCUAAAAAACGGAGGAAACUUUUUUUUUAAAUAAACACGACAUGCUUGGAUGCAAAAAAGACAAGCAGUAUUUACCUGUUUGUACCAUCCGCCAGGGAAAAUCAGGACGCCGAUAGCACCAACUAGCGGUAAAAAAAAAACUUGAAAGAACAUGAUUCGAUCCGUUUCUUCUUCGGUAGAUGCUUCAGGUCUUUCCGAUGCUCUGCUGUUGAUAUAGCGCCUCUAUAGUGGCGCAACGCUGCAACUGCAGUUAAAAUACGUUGCUGCUGCAGAGGGACAUCAAUCGCUCAAUCAACACAGCUGGAGCUUUACGCUGUGCUGAGCGAAAUCAAUCGCUCUGGCUGGGGGCGGCACAAAAUUAGGUGGAGGCGGCCGCCACGCAAUUUUGAACGCAGGAAAAACCCUGUGUAUGUAUAGAGACAGCCAUCAACCAACGACAGGCUGGACACAUUAAAAAGACGAGGUGACAGCCAUUCACAAAGCAGCAGAAAAGAAGGAUAAGUAUAUUAAAGAUGGCGUAUAUUGCUUGGCGGCCGCCUCCACCUAAUUUUGUGCCGCCCCCAGCCAGAGCGAUUGAUUUCGCUCAGCACAGCGUAAAGCUCCAGCUGUGUUGAUUGAGCGUAUGAUGUCCCUCUGCAGCAGCAACGUAUUUUAACUGCAGUUGCAGCGUUGCGCCACUAUAGAGGCGCUAUAUCAACAGCAGUGCACCGGAAAGACCUGACGCAUCUACCGAAGAAGAAACGGAUUGAAUCAUGUUUUUCAAGUUUUUUUUCCCGCUAGUUGGUGCUAUCGGCAUCCCGAUUUUCCCUGGCGGCUGGACACAAACAGGUAAAUACUGCUUGUCUUUUUUGCAUCCAAGCAUGACGUGUUUAUUAAAAAAAAAAGUUUCCUCCGUUUUUUAGCAUUGCAGAUAUGACAGGCAAAAUCAGCCAGUACUUUAAAAAUCGACCUCGCGAGGAGGAAAGUCAAGAGUCCAGGUGAAACACAGCAGAGAAAAACCGUAACAGGCAGUUAAAAUGCUAUAAUUCAUGGUGGUGACAACGUGGAAAUUUGUGUCAGGUCUGAAAGUACUUAACAAGGGACUGGUGAUCGCGAGGGUCAGAAUGCAGGACAGGACGAGUCGGCGAGGCGAAGAUAAUAAAUUAAUUAGUUUCCAAUUAGGAGCAUAACAACACAAAGCCAACGUGUACAUGGCUUUUAUUCCUUUUUCCAGAUCUUUUCAAAAACACAGAGCCAGUGGCUUUGACAAGCAGUGGCUCAAUCAAUUUACCUGGCUCAGGCAUACUGAGGAAGGCAUGCACUGCUAUUUAUGCCAAAAGCACUGUGCCCCAACACAGCAGGCAAUUGCUGCCUCCUUAGUGAGACAGCCAUCAACCAACUACAGGCUGGACACAUUAGAAUGACAUGAGGUGACAGCCACUCACAAAGCAGCAGGAAAGAAGGAGAAGUAUAUUAAAGAUGGUAGUACCUAAAAACACUCAACUAAUAAAGUUACAAAAAAAUGAAAUAACAUAGUUUAGAUAGUUUAAGAAAUAAUUGGUUGUUGUUUUUAUUAGGCAGGACACUGCAGCGUAUACAUAUAUAUAAUAUAUGAUUGAAAACACUAUCACUCUUCAUGUCUGUAUCAGAAUAAAAACAAAAAUACUUAAUGCAUGAUGAAUUGUUUUGUUUAAGGUGAAGACACCUCUGCGGAACAGACUGAAGGAGAGGCACUUGGAUGUCUGUUGUAAGGUGGCCGUUGAUGGACCAGACCAGGAGGCCUUGGACUACAAGGAGUGCAUGAGGAGGUUCUACAGAACGAAAAAGAGGAGGCUGAAAUGUUCUGUCUGGUUGCGAAAUGUGUGGAUGAAGUGUACUUUCAAUUUAAAGUUGCCAGCUGAUUUGUAUACAGUAUGUGUAAGGUAUUAAUAAAUGAAUGCUUUAACAUGAUAAUAGCCCUCAUUUUUUUUUGAACUCUUAACUUAAAGAAUGUUGCCUGUAAAAGAAAGUGAGUCAGUUGAAUUUACAAAUACAUGCACGUCAUGGCACAUGGUCAGGAUGGUGCCACCUCUGCCUCAAUUUGAGCCAGGAAAAACCCUGUAUAUGUAUGUAUAUAUGUAUAUGUAUGUGUAUAUGUAUGUGUAUAUAUGUAUGUAUGUAUAUAUGUAUGUAUACAUAUAUGUAUGUAUACACUCACCGGCCACUUUAUUAGGUACACCUGUCCAACUGCUCGUUAACACUUAAUUUCUAAUCAGCCAAUCACAUGGCGGCAACUUAGUGCAUUUAGGCAUGUAGACAUGGUCAAGACAAUCUCCUGCAGUUCAAACCGAGCAUCAGUAUGGGGAAGAAAGGUGAUUUGAGUGACUUUGAACGUGGCAUGGUUGUUGGUGCCAGAAGGGCUGGUCUGAGUAUUUCAGAAACUGCUGAUCUACUGGGAUUUUCACGCACAACCAUCUCUAGGGUUUACAGAGAAUGGUCCGAAAAAGAAAAAAUAUCCAGUGAGCGGCAGUUCUGUGGGCGGAAAUGCCUUGUUGAUGCCAGAGAUCAGAGGAGAAUGGCCAGACUGGUUCGAGCUGAUAGAAAGGCAACAGUGACUCAAAUAACCACCCGUUACAACCAAGGUAGGCAGAAGAGCAUCUCUGAACGCACAGUACGUCGAACUUUGAGGCAGAUGGGCUACAGCAGCAGAAGACCACGCCGGGUGCCACUCCUUUCAGCUAAGAACAGGAAACUGAGGCUACAAUUUGCACAAGCUCAUCGAAAUUGGACAAUAGAAGAUUGGAAAAACGUUGCCUGGUCUGAUGAGUCUCGAUUUCUGCUGCGACAUUCGGAUGGUAGGGUCAGAAUUUGGCGUCAACAACAUGAAAGCAUGGAUCCAUCCUGCCUUGUAUCAACGGUUCAGGCUGGUGGUGGUGGUGUCAUGGUGUGGGGAAUAUUUUCUUGGCACUCUUUGGGCCCCUUGGUACCAAUUGAGCAUCGUUGCAACGCCACAGCCUACCUGAGUAUUGUUGCUGACCAUGUCCAUCCCUUUAUGACCACAAUGUACCCAACUUCUGAUGGCUACUUUCAGCAGGAUAAUGCGCCAUGUCAUAAAGCUGGAAUCAUCUCAGACUGGUUUCUUGAACAUGACAAUGAGUUCACUGUACUCAAAUGGCCUCCACAGUCACCAGAUCUCAAUCCAAUAGAGCAUCUUUGGGAUGUGGUGGAACGGGAGAUUCGCAUCAUGGAUGUGCAGCCGACAAAUCUGCGGCAACUGUGUGAUGCCAUCAUGUCAAUAUGGACCAAGCUCUCUGAGGAAUGCUUCCAGCACCUUGUUGAAUCUAUGCCACAAAGAAUUGAGGCAGUUCUGAAGGCAAAAGGGGGUCCAACCCGUUACUAGCAUGGUGUACCUAAUAAAGUGGCAGGUGAGUGUAUAUGUAUAUGUAUGUAUAUAUGUAUGUAUAUAUGUUUGUAUGUGUAUAUGUAUGUAUUAGGCCUGCACGAUAUAGCGUUUGAACAUCGUCAUCGCGAUGUACGUGUGUGCGAUAGUCACAUCGCAGAGCCUGCGAUAUUGGAGGUGAAUGAACUCAGUUAAUUUCAUGGGUAGCUGACUGAGAUACACUGCAUGUGACUCUGCAUGUGCUGUGCAGCGAUCCACCAAUCCCCUUUGUCCUUUACUCAGUUGCCAAUCAGACUCAGUUCUCAGUUGCCAAUCAGACUACCCUGCCAGCUGUCAAUCAAAAUCAGGGAGGAGGAAACCCACCCCUGCACAUGUCCUGCACAUGGAGGGAGACGCGUGUCCGCUGAGAAUUACUUUCGGAACUUUACUCAUGACUAUUAAGCCCAACAAAUAAGAACUGUAUGGGUUUUAAAUUGUACAUUUCCGUGGACCACUCUACUAUAAGCGGUGCGCGUUUUGCGAGGUGCAUGCAAUUCUCGGAGGACAUGCGUUUCUCGGCACAACACCGCUAACAACAACAACAACAACGAUCGCAAAAUGAGCAACGAACAAGAGAAAACCACCGAAAAUGAAGAUUUGUUGCCAAAAAGAAAAAGGAAAGUCAGUUAUCUGGAAUUAUUUCGGCUAAAAGAAGGAUGAUGUCGACCAAAACACGUGUUCUGUGUUCAUCUGUCAACACAAUAACGUCCCAGAACAAUAAAAGCUAAAAAUAUCUCUGAGACAGACAGAAGCCAUUCUACUAACAUUCACAAAAAGAGGUAAGAUCAGAGCAGGUUAACUGUCCUCAAGAUUUCAGCAGUGCAGCGUAACAUUAAAUGCUAUUCAGUAGUGGUGCAACGGAUCAUCAUUGAUCCGUGAUCCGUUCGGAUCGACAUCAUCGGUUCGGCACACACGUUACCCGCGGUUCGAUUUCUGAAAAAAAAAAUUUGGCUUCCCUGUCAACUAUGAUGAGGAAGGAAAGAGGUCAGUGGACAAAACUGCGAAGGUGUGUAGGCACUGUGGCAUAAGAAAGCCAUAUGACAGUGGAAACACAUCGAGCAUGUUCACGCAUUUGAAAGCGACAUCACCUGGGUGUUGUAAUGACAGGUGUUGUGCCGUAGACUGCACCCCUGCCGUAGAACGCACCCCUGCAUCCCCUCCACUCGUUAGCUUCUUAAAGUGGAGAUAAUGAUCUCAUAUUUAAAGAAACACGAGUAUUAGAUCAUGACAACAUGUCAAAUGGAGCAGCAAACUUUCAUUUUCUUUUUAUGUGUCUCAAAAAUGCAAAUAUAGAGGUGUACUUGGGUAUAAACUGUACAGAAAGCUGUCCAGGUAGAGAGCAUUAUAUUUUCGGGACAGCAAUAUUCCAAGGGCUGUUGUUUUUGGCUUCUUUGAAUAGCCUGAAUGAAAUUAUUACAGGCAAACGCUUUUGAAUCCAUCCAAUGUAAGAAAAACUUGGAUUAUUUCGCCUUGUUAUGUACUUUAAACCGCGCUCCCAUCAGGGGGUGCAUUCUACGGCAGGGGUGCAUUCUAUGUCACAACACCUGAGAUAAAACGAAAGCUGGCCAGCAACCGCUCAUCACCGCAGCAUUUAAGCAGCCUCUUCCUGCGCAAUCCGACCGGGUUAAAGCUAUCACAAACGCUAUCGGUGUGUUUAUAGCUACAGACAUGAGGCCAUAUUCAGUUGUGCAAACGAGGGCUUUAAAAACAUGCUGGAAGUGCUUGAGCCACGUUACAAUAUCCCACCGCGCACAUACUUCAUUUUUGGUUCAUUGUUACAUUUUAAAGGAAGGAGAUAUGCCUAUAUAUUGCACUUUAAGUUGUUUUUCAUUAAUAAUUAUGUUGAAAAGAAGAUAUUAUGCCGUAUGCACUACUUUUAUAUAUUUUAAUUCAACCAUUUAAGUGUUUAAUAUACAGACAAAACUGCUUUUUGCUGAUCUGAAAAAUGAUCCGAUCCGUGACUCUUGAUCCGAGGAACGAUCCGAUCCGUGAGUGUUGUGAUCCGUUGCACCACUACUAUUCAGGUCAUCUGGUGAAAAUUCCUAUAUUUUUAAUAUCGCAAUAUAUAUCGCAGGGUUGAAAAAAAUCGCAAUAUUAGUUUUUUCCAAUAUCGUGCAGCCUGAGUAUAUAUGUAUAUAUGUAUGUAUAUAUGUAUGUAUGUAUAUGUAUGUAUGUAUAUAUGUAUGUAUGUAUAUGUAUGUAUGUAUGUAUAUGUAUAUAUGUAUGUAUAUAAAUAUGUAUGUAUAUAUGUAUGUGUAUAAAGGUAUUUAUAUAUGUGUAUAUAUAUGUAUUUAUGUAUGUAUGUAUAUAUGUAUGUGUAUAUAUAUAUGUAUGUAUAUAUAAAUAUAUGUAUGUAUAUAUACAUGUAUGUAUAUAGGUAUGUAUGUAUAUAUGUAUGUAUAUUUAUACAGGGUUUUUCCUGCGUUCAAAAUUGCGUGGCGGCCGCCUCCACCUAAUUUUGUGCCGCCCCCAGCCAGAGCGAUUGAUUUCGCUCAACACAGCGUAAAGCUCCAGCUGUGUUGAUUGAGCGAUUGAUGUCCCGAUGCAGCAGCAACGUAUUUUAACUGCAGUUGCAGCGUUGCGCCACUAUAGAGGCGCUAUAUCAACAGCAGUGCACCGGAAAGACCUGACGCAUCUACCGAAGAAGAAACGGAUUGAAUCAUGUUUUUCAAGUUUUUUUUCCCGCUAGUUGGUGCUAUCGGCAUCCCGAUUUUCCCUGGCGGCUGGACACAAACAGGUAAAUACUGCUUGUCUUUUUUGCAUCCAAGCAUGACGUGUUUAUUAAAAAAAAAAGUUUCCUCCGUUUUUUAGCAUUGCAGAUAUGACAGGCAAAAUCAGCCAGUACUUUAAAAAGCGACCUCGCGAGGAGGAAAGUCAAGAGUCCAGGUGAAACACAGCAGAGAAAAACCGUAACAGGCAGUUAAAAUGCUAUAAUUCAUGGUGGUGACGACGUGGAAAUUUGUGUCAGGUCUGAAAGUACUUCACAAGGGACUGGUGAUCGCGAGGGUCAGAAUGCAGGAUAGGACGAGUCGGCGAGGCGAGGUUAAUUAAUUAAUUAGAUUCAUAACAUAGCAUAACAACGCAAAAUCAACGUGUACGUGGUUUCUAUUCCUCUUUCCAGAUCUUCUCAAAAACACAGAGCCAGUGGCUUUGACAAGCAGUGGCUCAAUCAGUUUACCUGGCUCAGGCAUACUGAGGAAGGCAUGCACUGCUAUUUAUGCCAAAAGCACUGUGCCCCAACACAGCAGGUAAUUGCUGCCUCCUUAGUGAGACAGCCAUCAACCAACUACAGGCUGGACACAUUAAAAAGACAUGAGGUGACAGCCGUUCACAGAGCAGCAGAAGAGAAGGAGAAAUAUAUUAAAGAUGGUAGUACCUAAAAACACUCAACUAAUAAAGUUACAAAAACUGAAACAACAUAGUUUAGAUAGUUUAAGACAUAAUUGGUUGUCGUUUUUUUUUAGGCAGGACACUGCAACGUAUACAUAUAUAUAAUAUAUGAUUGAAAACACUAUCACUCUUCAUGUCUGUAUCAGAAUAAAAACAAAAAUACUUAAUGCAUGAUGAAUUGUUUUGUUUAAGGUGAAGACACCUCUGCGGAACAGACUGAAGGAGAGGCACUUGGAUGUCUGUUGUAAGGUGGCCGUUGAUGGACCAGACCAGGAGGCCUUGGACUACAAGGAGUGCAUGAGGAGGUUCUACAGAAUGAAAAAGAGGAGGCUAAAAUGUUCUGUCUGGUUGUGAGAUGUGUGGAUGAAGUGUACUUUCAAUUUAAAGUUGCCAGCUGAUUUGUGUAUGUAUAUAGUUUUAAUAAAUAAAUGCUUUAACAUAAUAAUGGUCACACUCUUUUUUGAACUCUUAACUUAAAGUAUGUUGCCUGUAAAAGAAAGUGAGUCAGUUGAAUUUACAAAUACAUGCACGCCAUGGCGCAUGGUCAGGAUGGUGCCACCUCUGCCUCAAUUUGAGCCAGGAAAAACCCUGUUAUAUGUAUGUAUGUAGGUAUGUAUGUAUAUAUCAGUGGCGGCUGCUGGUCUUUCAAGGAGGGGAAGCUCAUUUUUCUGGCCUAUAUCAUAAUUGUAUUUGUUUAUUAGUAUGUAACAGAACAGAGUCGCCAAACACAAUGGCAGUCGUUUUUAACAAAGACAAAAGUCGCUGAGGAUCGGUAAAGUCUCCGGAGCAGUUAAGAACAACGGAAUGAAUAACUUGGAAAAUGCUCUGGUAGAUGUUUUAUUCUUAAAGAUCGCUGAUUCGCUUGUUUAGCUGUCAAUCAAAAAAGGAUUGCGCCUCAGACAGCUCAUCCAAUCAUGGAUGCAGAAGCUCGGAGUCCGGGAGAAAGUCGGGACCGCCCUCUCGCCAUAGAACUUCAGUGAAGCUGGGCUUCCGAUGGGCGGGACAAAGCCCAGCAUUUAUCCAAUGAGCGUCUAGUUUCGCUGCUGGAACAACCCACUUUAAGCUUCCACAUUGAAGUCAGCAGAAGCACAGCGUCCGGCUGUCCGGCGCUGAGGCGCUGCGAGGAUGAAUGAGAACGAAGUUAUGCCGGUUACCUGUGAUUAUCAGCUUCUUAUCACAGUGUCUGAACAAAAGAUGAAGGCUUUCUAGCGCGUAUUUAGUUAAUGAAAUGUACACACAGCCGUACGUAUUUCACCACUUUUUCUUUUUUUUGGGGGGUGACAUUUUAAGGGAAGCCGAGCUUCCCUUGCAGUCUUAGAGCAAUCGCCACUGGUAUAUAUGUAUGAAUAUUUACAUGUAUGUAUGUGUAUAUAUGUAUGUAUAUAUGUAUAAAUGUAUGUAUAUAUGUGUAAAUAUAUGUCUAUGUAUGUAUAUAUGUAUAUAUGUAUAUAUGUAUAUUUAUGUGUAUAUAUAUAUACAUAUACAUGUAUAUAUGUGUGUGUAUGUAUAUAUAUAUAUACAUAUAUGUAUAUUUAUGUGUAUAUAUACAUAUAUGUAUAUUUAUGUGUAUAUAUACAUAUAUAUUUAUUUAUGUGUAUAUAUACAUAUAUAUUUAUUUAUGUGUAUAUAUAUACAUAUAUAUCUUUAUGUGUAUAUAUACAUAUAUAUGUGUGUAUAUGUGUAUAUAUACAUAUAUAUGUAUAUAUGUGUGUACAUGUGUAUAUAUACAUACACACGUGGACAAAAUUGUUGGUACCCCUCAGUUAAAGAAGGAAAAACCCACAAUUCUCACUGAAAUCACUUGAAACCUACAAAAGUAACAAUAAAUAAAAAUUUAUUGAAAAUUAAAUAAUCAAAAUCAGCCAUUACUUUUGAAUUGUUGAUUAACAUAAUUAUUUAAAAAAACAAACUAAUGAAAUAGGGCUGGACAAAAAUGAUGGUACCCAUAACUUAAUAUUUUGUUGCACAACCUUUUGAGGCAAUCACUGCAAUUAAACGAUUUCUGUAUUUGUCAAUGAGCGUUCUGCAGCUGUCAACAGGUAUUUUGGCCCACUCCUCAUGAGCAAAUUGCUCCAGUUGUCUCAGGUUUGAUGGGUGUCUUCUCCAAAUGGCAUGUUUCAGCUCCUUCCACAGAUGUUCAAUGGGAUUCAGAUCUGGGCUCAUGGAAGGCCACUUUAGAAUAGUCCAACGCUUUUCUCUCAGCCAUUCUUGGGUGUUUUUGGCUGUGUGUUUUGGAUCGUUGUCCUGUUGGAAGACCCAUGACCUGCGACUGAGACCAAGCUUUCUGACACUAGGCAGCACAUUUCUCUCCAGAAUGCCUUGAUAGUCGUCAGAUUUCAUUUUACCUUGCACACAUUCAAGACACCCUGUGCCAGAUGCAGCAAAGCAGCCCCAAAACAUUGCUGAGCCUCCUCCAUGUUUCACCGUAGGGACAGUGUUCUUUUCUUCGUAUGCUUGGUUUUUGAGUCUAUGAACAUAGAGUUGAUGUGCCUUACCAAAAAGCUCCAGUUUGGUCUCAUCUGUCCAAAGGACAUUCUCCCAGAAGCUUUGUGGCUUGUCAACAUGCAUUUUUGCAAAUUCCAGUCUCGCUUUUUUAUGAUUUUUUUUCAGCAGUGGUGUCCUCCUUGGUCGUCUCCCAUGAAGUCCACUUUGGCUCAAACAACGACGAAUGGUGCGAUCUGACACUGAUGUACCUUGGCCUUGGAGUUCACCUUUAAUUUCUUUGGAGGUUGUCCUGGGCUCUUUGGAUACAAUUCGAACGAUCUGUCUCUUCAAUCUGUCAUCAAUUUUCCUCUUGCGGCCACGUCCAGGGAGGUUGGCUACUGUCCCGUGGGUCUUGAACUUCUGAAUAAUAUGAGCCACUGUUGUCACAGGAACUUCAAGCUGUUUAGAGAUGGUCUUAUAGCCUGCACCUUUAAGAUGUUUGUCUAUAAUUUUUUUCGGAUGUCCUGGGACAAUUCUCUCCUUCGCUUUCUGUUGUCCAUGUUCAGUGUGGUACACACCUUUUCACCAAACAGCAGAGUGACUACUUGUCUCCCUUUAAAUAGGCAGACUGACUGAUUAUGAGUUUGGAAACACCUGUGAUGUCAAUUAAAGGACACACCUGAGUUAAUCAUGUCACUCUGGUCAAAUAGUUUUCAAUCUUUUAUAGAGGUACCAUCAUUUUUGUCCAGCCCUAUUUCAUUAGUUUGUAUUUUUUAAAUAAUUAUGUUAAUCAACAAUUCAAAAGUAAUGGCUGAUUUUGAUUAUUUAAUUUUCAAAAUUUUUUUAUUUAUUGUUACUUUUGUAGGUUUCAAGUGAUUUCAGUGAGAAUUGUGGGUUUUUCCUUCUUUAACUGAGGGGUACCAACAAUUUUGUCCACGUGUGUAUAUACAUAUAUGUGUGUAUAUGUGCAGGGUUUUUCCUGCGUUCAAAAUUGCGUGGCGGCCGCCUCCACCUAAUUUUGUGCCGCCCCCAGCCAGAGCGAUUGAUUUCGCUCAACACAGCGUAAAGCUCCAGCUGUGUUGAUUGAGCGAUUGAUGUCCCGAUGCAGCAGCAACGUAUUUUAACUGCAGUUGCAGCGUUGCGCCACUAUAGAGGCGCUAUAUCAACAGCAGUGCACCGGAAAGACUUGAAGCAUCUACCGAAGAAGAAACGGAUCGAAUCAUGUUUUUUCAAGUGUUUUUCCCGCUAGUUGGUGCUAUCGGCGUCCUGAUUUUCCCUGGCGGAUGGUACAAAAAGGUAAAUACUGCUUCUCUUUUUUGCAUCCAAGCAUGUCGUGUUUAUUUAAAAAAAAAGUUUACUCCGUUUUUAGCGUUGCAGAUAUGACAGGCAAAAUCAGCCAGUACUUUAAAAAGCGACCUCGCGAGGAGGAAAGUCAAGAGUCCAGGUGAAACACAGCAGAGAAAAAAAGGAACAGGCAGUUAAAAUGCUAUAAUUCAUGGUGGUGACAACGUGGAAAUUUGUGUCAGGUCUGAAAGUACUUCACAAGGGACUGGUGAUCGCGAGGGUCAGAAUGCAGGACAGGACGAGUCGGCGAGGCGAGGGUAAUUAAUUAAUUAGUUUUCAAUUAGGAGCAUAACAACGCAAAGCCGACGUGUACGUGGUUUUUAUUCCUCUUUCCAGAUCUUCUCAAAAACACAGAGCCAGUGGCUUUGAAAAGCAGUGGCUCAAUCAAUUUACCUGGCUCAGGCAUACUGAGGAAGGCAUGCACUGCUAUUUAUGCCAAAAGCACUGUGCCCCAACACAGCAGGCAAUUGCUGCCUCCUUAGUGAGACAGCCAUCAACCAACUACAGGCUGGACACAUUAAAAAGACAUGAGGUGACAGCCAUUCACAAAGCAGCAGAAGAGAAGGAGAAAUAUAUUAAAGAUGGUAGUACCUAAAAAAACUCAACUAAUAAAGUUACAAAAAAUAAAUAACAUAGUUUAGAUAGUUUAAGAAAUAAUUGGUUGUCGUUUUUUUUUUUUUAGAGAGGACACUGCAGCGUAUACAUAUAUAUGAUUGAAAACACUAUCACUCUUCAUGUCUGUAUCAGAAUAAAAACAAAAAUACUUAAUGCAUGAUGAACUGUUUUGUUUAAGUUGAAGACACCUCUGUGGAACAGACUGAAGGAGAGGCACUUGGAUGUCUGUUGUAAGGUGGCCGUUGAUGGACCAGACCAGGAGGCCUUGGACUACAAGGAGUGCAUGAGGAGGUUCUACAGAAUGAAAAAGAGGAGGCUGAAAUGUUCUGUCUGGUUGCGAGAUGUGUGGAUGAAGUGUACUUUCAAUUUAAAGUUGCCAGCUGAUUUGUGUAUGUAUAUAGUUUUAAUAAAUGAAUGCUUUAACAUAAUAAUGGUCACACUCUUUUUUGAACUCUUAACUUAAAAUAUGUUGCCUGUAAAAGAAAGUGAAUCGGUUGAAUUUACAAAUACAUGCACGUCGUGGCGCACGGUCAGGAUGGUGCCACCUCCGCCUCAAUUUGAGCCAGGAAAAACCCUGAUGUGUAUAUAUACAUAUAUAUGUAUAUAUGUGUGUAAAUGUGUAUGUAUACAUAUAUAUGUGUGUACAUGUGAAUAUAUACAUAUAUAUGUAUGUACAUGUGUAUAAAUACAUAUAUAUGUUUAUAUGUGUGUACAUGUGUAUAUAUACAUAUAUAUGUAUAUAUGUGUGUACAUGUGUAUAUAUACAUAUAUAUGUAUAUAUGUGUUUACAUGUGUAUAUAUACAUAUAUAUGUAUAUAAGUGUGUACAUGUGUAUAUAUACAUAUAUGUAUAUAUGUGUGUACAUGUGUAUAUAUACAUAUAUAUGUGUGUACAUGUGUAUAUAUAUAUACAUAUAUAUGUAUAUAUGUGUGUACAUGUGUAUAUAUACAUAUAUACACUCACCGGCCACUUUAUUAGGUACACCUGUCCAACUGCUCGUUAACACUUAAUUUCUAAUCAGCCAAUCACAUGGCGGCAACUUGGUGCAUUUAGGCAUGUAGACAUGGUCAAGACCAUCUCCUGCAGUUCAAACCGAGCAUCAGUAUGGGGAAGAAAGGUGAUUUGAGUGACUUUGAACGUGGCAUGGUUGUUGGUGCCAGAAGGGCUGGUCUGAGUAUUUCAGAAACUGCUGAUCUACUGGGAUUUUCACGCACAACCAUCUCUAGGGUUUACAGAGAAUGGUCCGAAAAAGGAAAAAAUAUCCAGUGAGCGGCAGUUCUGUGGGCGGAAAUGCCUUGUUGAUGCCAGAGGUCAGAGGAGAAUGGCCAGACUGGUUCGAGCUGAUAGAAAGGCAACAGUGACUCAAAUAACCACCCGUUACAACCAAGGUAGGCAGAAGAGCAUCUCUGAACGCACAGUACAUCGAACUUUGAGGCAGAUGAGCUACAGCAGCAGAAGACCACACCGGGUGCCACUCCUUUCAGCUAAGAACAGGAAACUGAGGCUACAAUUUGCACAAGCUCAUCGAAAUUGGACAAUAGAAGAUUGGAAAAACGUUGCCUGGUCUGAUGAGUCUCGAUUUCUGCUGCGACAUUCGGAUGGUAGGGUCAGAAUUUGGCGUCAACAACAUGAAAGCAUGGAUCCAUCCUGCCUUGUAUCAACGGUUCAGGCUGGUGGUGGUGGUGUCAUGGUGUGGGGAAUAUUUUCUUGGCACUCUUUGGGCCCCUUGGUACCAAUUGAGCAUCGUUGCAACGCCACAGCCUACCUGAGUAUUGUUGCUGACCAUGUCCAUCCCUUUAUGACCACAAUGUACCCAACUUCUGAUGGCUACUUUCAGCAGGAUAAUGCGCCAUGUCAUAAAGCUGGAAUCAUCUCAGACUGGUUUCUUGAACAUGACAAUGAGUUCACUGUACUCAAAUGGCCUCCACAGUCACCAGAUCUCAAUCCAAUAGAGCAUCUUUGGGAUGUGGUGGAACGGGAGAUUCGCAUCAUGGAUGUGCAGCCGACAAAUCUGCGGCAACUGUGUGAUGCCAUCAUGUCAAUAUGGACCAAGCUCUCUGAGGAAUGCUUCCAGCACCUUGUUGAAUCUAUGCCACAAAGAAUUGAGGCAGUUCUGAAGACAAAAGGGGGUCCAACCCGUUACUAGCAUGGUGUAUCUAAUAAAGUGGCCGGUGAGUGUAUGUGUGUAUUUAUAUGUGUGUAUAUAUAUCCUGUGUUCUCAGAGUCAUAGUGGAAAGAAACUGAUGUUUUAUGAUGAGCACACAUGCAGCAGCAUAGAUACUUUUCCUUACACAUAUAGCCCAAGUAGCCCACUAUCAGACAUCUAUAUCUAUUGGCAUCAACUGUUUCAUUUAAUUCAGAUGAUGUUUAGUGGAUGAAAUAGUGAUUCAAACACUUUGAGUCCGUGGUUGUAGCCCCGUCCAUGCAGUACUGAAUGGUUAAAAUUGUGCAUUGGCACAAUCUGCUUAUCACUGUGGAAUAGUGAAAUUUACAGCCCUGGCAAUCAAGUGACUGCAUAAAAAAGAUUGCAAUAUGUUCUUUAAAAAAAUCAUAUUAGGACCACAGGCCUAAAAAGUUGAAGUCCUCUAAUUAUUAUGUUUUUCACGUGUAAAUCAAUUCCAGAUUUACUGAUGUGUUAAAAGAGUUUUGUUGUCAGACUUACUUGAGUAUUUGUGUACAAAGUUUUAUCAUUAGUUUUAUUAUUGGCAUGAUCAGUUCAGUUUUAUCAGACGUGGCACUUAAGACAUGAUCGAAGCUGUCAGUCUGACCUGGGUUGUGUGGAAGACUUUGUUGAGCUUAAAUUGCAGCCCUGACUUAUCUGUUUCCUUCAGGUGUGCGCCAGGCUUUGUGGUUGACCAAAACAAAGCUGAUCUCUGGACUUCCACCUCAGCUCCUCUCGCACGCUGAAGAUCCCAUUAAUCAGAUUCCUGAUCAGGAUAAUCGUGUCAAAAAUGCCAUCAAGCAUGCACGCUUCUGGGACACAACUAAUGAACGACCACCCAAAGAGAAAUACAGGUACGCUUUGCCCAGAAACUUUAAAGUAAUAUAAAAUGUUUGAUUCAACUUUGUACCUUACACAUUUUUGCUACUGGAAAAUUUCCUGUCAAUCAAUUUUUCCAAGAGGUGCAUUCCAGGUUCAUUUUCACAGUAACAAGCUUUUUCAGGGUGUCUUCAAGGUCUUAAAAGUAUUAAAAGUUGAUAAAUCAACUGUUGGAAAAUUAAGGCCUUUAAAAAGUAUCAAAAAGUCUUGAGUGUGAUUUUAUGAAAAAUUAACAUUUCUCCAAAAAGUACUGUGAAUAUUCAUUUUCCUCCUCGAGACUAUUACAAACAAAGGUGUGCUGAUGGUGUUCUUGGAGCGAGAUCCCCCCUUGGUGGCGCGCUUAUGGGCACAACGUCAUGAAACAGCAAGUGUUAACAUAAUAAGCCGUAAGACAUAAUAAGGAGUAGAUGCCGCGUAGACCGCUACAUUCUAUUGGCAGUGGGGCCACCACUCUGGUCUGGUCACCUGCUCCGUUUGAUUGCGCUCUAUUUAAUAGGCACAAUUUUGUCUCAGCGCAUUCAAUCAGUCCCAACCCAUUGAAAACGAAACACAUUUUCAAGCAGUUUCUUUCUUCUGCAAGAAAGAAACCGACAACUUUUUGGGGCUAGGAGAGAUGCUUAAACUAGCAUGGGGGACGCGAUUGAAAGGAGCCAGAACCCUGGGUUGUCAAAACCAUCCUGCAAAAAUCGGCAGGGUAUGCCAGCAAGUGCUUACAACCAGAAUGCCAGAGUUAGUUGUGCUGACAUGCCACUAGGGCUGCACGAUGUAUAAUUUGAGCAUCGUCACAUUGCGAUGUAGGAGGCAAAUGAACUCCUAUAAUUUCAAGGGUAGCUGACUGACAUACACUGCAUGUCAACUCUGCCUGUGCUGUGCAGUGAUCCACCAAUCACAUUCAUUCUUUACUCAGUUGCCAACCAGACUACCCUACCAGCUGCCACUCAAAAUCAGAAGAGAGAAGACCACGCCUCUGCACAUGGAGCUGCCGGUAACAACAAAAACAAAGAUUGCAAAAUGAGCAACGAACAAGAGAAAAGAGACAAUGAAGACUUGGCGCCACCUCUAGCAAGUCAGAUGUGUGAAUCAUGAGAUGAGACUGGAGAAAAACAAAAUAGGGAUUAUUCGUUAUCAACGCGGCAGACGUGUGCAACAUAACUGUAGUUGUCAGGGUUAUCUCAGUUAUCUUGCAGUUGUGCUGUGUUAUCCCCCACUGAUAAAUAAGGUAUGCUGCUAUAUUAACAUUAGUGAAUGGGAUACGUCUUAUUGACCCAUACGUGUUAGACACAGGUGAGUGGAUAAAUGACGAGAAAAAACGGACUUCAGUCAGCGGACAUCCAUAUGUAUCUGACCGGGACACAAAGUCCCUUUUUCUGGGAGAGGCUGAAAUCCUCCCAGAUACCGGAUGACUAUAACUACAGACAAUCAUGCUCAGGACUAUUUACAACACUGAAAACUUUGUGGCUCUUAGGACUAAGGUGCUGCCUAGUCAAGACAAGAAAGAGGCUGGAGGUAAAGUCUAGGUCAUUGUGAAUAAGAAAAACAUAUGUUUCCUGACAGAGAGGUGCACCAGGGUGAUCUGGUGUGCAAUUGUUGCCUCCUCAGCUUCCUCAUCCCUGUAAAGGACACCGGGGGUGAAGUUGGUAGGAAGUUGGAAGUUUGACGGACAUUUGUUUCAGGGAAACGUUUUUUCAUAUAUAAGAAUUAAUAACAUUUAUGAACAGAUUUGAAAUGUAUAAACAAGAGGUGUGUCUCAUGCAGCAUCCAGGUAAUGUGAUCAAUUGACUCAAAAUCAGGGUGGGAUCAUUGUACUCUACUCUGAGGAAGUGCCAGUUUUCGGGAGAAAUCUUGAAAUCUUGAAAACACUACCCCUCCCAACCAAUUUUCCCCUCAUCAUUCAUUCAAAUGAUGCGGCUGCGCCGAGAGGUUGCUGCAAGUCUGGUCUCUCUGUAUCAUCUGUAAUUUUUGCUAGAUUUUUAUUUCAUUUUUUUGUUGUCAUUUUGUUGGCUGCUGAUGGAUACUUCUGCUGGGCGAAGAAUUGACUCAAGAGAAGAGCUCCUUUCAUUGAGGAAAAGCAAAUCUGGACAACAUACAGUUCUAGAGGACAUCAGGAGGUGUUAUUGUGGUUGCCGUGCUGGUCCAAAGGUGAAGGCAAAGCUGAAUGCUAGGAGGUGGCGAUAUAAACCCUUUCUUCCAUUAAUCAUCAGGGAAAACCUCAACUCUCUGUCCAACAAAAGCGAUGAGCUGGAGAACUUGGUGAAGACUGAGAAAGCAUACCGUGAGUGCAGUUUCCUGUGUUUUACUGAAACCUGGUUGAAUGAAAACAACUCGGACUCCAGCGUGGAUCUACCUGGCUCUUUAUAUAUUAUACCUGACUUUAUAAAGUCAGACAGAGAUGCUCAAGCUAGUGGCAAGAAGAAAGGAGGAGGUCUGGCUUUAUUUGUCAACCAGAGAUGGUGUAACCCUCCACACAUAACUGUCAAGGAGAAGUUGUGUUGUCCAGAUAUUGUUGGCAGAUAACUGUUGGCAGUUGCUCUUCGGCCAUAUUAUGUUCCCAGAAAAUUUAGUCAUAUCAUAACAGUAGUUGUUUACAUUCCACCCAAAUCAACUGAGGAAUGUUGCGAUGUUUUGCAAAAUAUUGUUGCCGGGCUACAGACUCAACACCCUGAGGCAAUAAUAAUAGUAUCAGGAGACUUCAACCAUGUCACCACGUCCUCUCACCUGACUGGAUUCACACAGUUUGUGAACUGUCCUACCAGGGAGAACAAAACCCUGGAUCUGCUGUAUGCCAACGUCAAAGAAGCCUACAGAGCCACUGCCUUACCACCACUGGGCAAGUCAGAUCAUAACUUGGUCUAUCUGCAAACCUGUUACAGACCUUGUGUGCUGAGGCAGCCGGUGACCAAAGUCAAAAUAAGAAGAUGGACACCUCAAGCCAGUGAAGCUCUAAGGGACUGUUUUAAAUCAACAGACUAGAAUGUGCUGCUGGAAACAGAUGUGGAUAGUAUGAACAUUGAUAAACAGGUUGACUGCUUUACUGAUUAUGUCAACUUCUGUAGAGACACAGUUAUACCCACAAAGACUGUUCGCUGUUUCCCCAACAACAAACCCUGGAUCACAAGAGACAUAAAAGCAAUCCUUAACCAGAAAAAUAAAGCUUUUAAAGAUGGUGACAAAGAACAACUCAAACAAGUGCAACAAGAGUUGGAGACUGAAGAUGGCAAAGCUGGAGGACAAAAAGAAGAUAGAGAAGAAUCUACAACACAGCAACAUCCGUGAAGUGUGGAGAGGAAUCAGUACCAUCUCUGGACACAGCAGUCAAAAGAAAAGACAGCCAGUGGUGGGUGAUGUGAAAAGAGCUGAUGAACUCAACCUGUUCUUCAACAGAUUUGACACUGCUGUCACUCCCACUUCCACUGCUACUCCACCUUCCUCUCUGUAACAAAUCUCCACUACAACUUCUCCCCUUCCUCCUCCAUCUUGUUCAAAUGUCUCAACCACUUCAACUGCCUCCCUCCUAGAACACCAGUCCUUAUCUGUCACAGAAACAGGGGGGAGGAUAGAGCUUGGAAGACUUUGUCCUGGGAAGGCAGCUGGUCCAGAUGGUGUGUGUCCAAGGCUGCUUAGAGACUGUGCUGCAGAACUGUGUCAACCUAGCCAAAUGGCAAAUAGUGGUGUACGGCUCCUCUCUCUUCGCUGCAGGACAGUAAGAUUCAGAAGAUCUUUUGUACCAACAGCCAUGAGGCUUUAUAACUCUAUGAAAAUAAAAGAUAACUUUUAUAGACAUAUUACCACUAUUGUGUGUUUUUUAAUAUCACCGGUUUUAUCCAGCGGGAGAUCUCUGUGGGAAUUGUGAGGAAGUGCCAUCUGACUCCUGAUGUGGCUGCAAAUUUUAUUGAUGUUUUAGACAAAAGUCCUCCAAUUGCUUUACCUGCCCCCUGUGAUUUUAUUAUAGACAAUUUUAACAGUAGACUACGGUCAGCCCUUGAACUGGUUGCUUCACUGAAAACAAAAAACAUCCAACCCAAAUCUAUACCCCCUUGGAGAAAUGAGGAGUUAAAAAAAUUAAAGAGGAGUGCAGGGUGGCAGAACGUAGGUGGAGGAAAAACAAAAUAACUAUAAAUAAUCAAUUAUUCAGUAAUCAGCAAAGAAUUUACAAUAAUGCCAUUAGAAAUGCAAGAAAUAAUUACUUUUCAAAAUAAUCACCAACCACAAAAAUAACCCCAAAGUUCUCUUUCCAACAAUUGAUAGCAUUUUAUCCCUGAUUUUAGGAAUCGUUAUUUUAAUCCCACUGACUCCCUCUGUGAUGAAUUUGCACACCACCUCAUGGGGAAGAUAAACACGAUCAGAUGUGACAUUUUAUCAAAUCAAACUACCGUUUGUAACAUGUCUGAGUGUUUGUCUUUGCCUGAGGGAACACUGGACAGUUUUGUUCUGGUUAAUGCUGAGAUGCUGGAUAAAGUUUUCUCCUCAGUGAGGCCCACCACAUGUCUUUUAGACCCUGUCCCAACCUCAUUCUUUAAGUUAUUUUAUGAUUCUUUUAGAAACGAGCUUUUAAACACGAUGAAUUGCGUUCUUCAGACAGGGGUCUUUCCCGCUGCCUUUAAAGCGGCAGUGGUGGGGCCCCUGCUGAAGAGGAGCAAUUUAGAUUUGUCUAACUUACCGUUUUUAAGCAAUAUUUUAGAAAAACUUGUUUUUAUCCAACUUAAAGAAUUUUUAGCCAAUUAUAAUAUUCUUAAAAAGUAUCAGCCUGGUUUUAGGCUGAACCACAGCUCCGAGACUGCCUUGGUAAAGAUUUUAAAUGGUAUUAGAUUAAAUUAUGACUCACAAAAGGUGACAUUGUUAAAUUCUGCUGGAUUGUAGCACUGCCUUCAGUACAGUAGAUCACACUAUUCUUUUAAACUGCCUAAAACACCUUGGCCUCUCAGGUGCUGUUCACAGAUGGUUCACCUCCUACCUGACAGACAGGACAUUCAUGUUAAGUGUAGACAAGUGCUCCUCCAAAGUACAUAAAAUCAGAUCGGGUGUGCCCCAGGGUUCGAUUUUAGGCCCUGUGCUUUUUAACAUGUACAUGCCCACUCUUGGUGGUGUCAUUAGGAGACACGGAAUCAACUUCCACAGCUAUGCUGAUGAUACGCAGCUCUACAUCUCCAUGUCUCCUGAUGACACCAGGCCAAUGGAUGCUCUUUUUCACUGCAUUUUAGAUAUCAAAUCCUGGAUGGCAGAAAACUUUCUCCAGCUUAACCAGGACAAAACUGAGGUUUAGUCAUCUGUCCUGAGGCCAAGAGAGAGAAACUUUUACUCAAACUACGAGCACUGUCUCUUAAUCCAUCACCACAAGUGACAAACCUGGGCGUCAUUUUUGACUCUGAGCUGACUUUUAGUCCACACAUUAAGAACAUAAAAAAAUAGGUUUUUAUCACCUAAAGAACAUUGCUGUACGCCCCAUUCUCUCUUGAGCCAACACAGAGACACAAAUGCAUGCUUUUAUCACCAGUCGUAUAGACUAUUGUAAUGUCCUGCUUUAUGGUCUUCCCAAAAAGAAUAUUUCAGGUCUACAAUUAUUACAAAACUCAGCAGCAUGUGUCCUGACUAAGACCACCAGUCUUAGAAUCAUUGCAUGGGCUCCCUCUGUGUUUAAGGAUCGACUUUAAGGCUCUUUUACUUGUUUUUAAAUGUCUUAAUGAUCUUGGGCCUUCUUAUCUUUCAGAAAUGCUUUUGGGUCAUUCCAUGUCAAUUCAACCAAGAAUCUCCACUCACAUCACAGAUUUUGAUGAAAUUUGGUGGACUGAUUGGCCUUCAGGAGAAACUGUCAGAGCUCAAAUAUUUUUGUUCAAAGCCAUCUAAUUUGUGAGAUAGGGGCUAAUGAAUUUUUGGCUAAUUAGCAUGACAUGCGUUACAAAAGUGUUCAUAUCUCUGGAAGUAUGGCACCUAGAGAGCUACAAGAUCUGUUAGCACAAGCGAUGGAGAGAAAAGUCAACGUACAGCCUGAUAAGCCAUUCUGCUAAUAUUUGGGUACAUUUUGAAAACAAUGUACUCAGAUACAGAAAAUGAUCAAACAAAACCAUCCACAAAAGACACGCCACAGCAGUAUCAGGGGACCGUGCCCCCCCCCCCCACACACACACACACAUACACACCUUUUUUCUUUUUUUUCACAUCAUCAUAGGCCACACAAAAGUGUAACAAGUAUACAUGUCAACUCGCUAAGUACUUGUUUGAAGAUGAUAAAUGCAAGCAGCACAUUAAAUUUUUGGGAAAUAAACUACUCCCCCCUCUUUCUGUUUGUGAUCCAUCCUAUCUUCAGCAACACUCUGCUCCGCAACCUUCUCCACCUGUGUGCGACUCUACAGUCCAAUCAUCCUGAGAUUGAAAGGAGGAUUCUUGCAGAGAAAUACUCAUUAGCAGCUUCAUGGAAAAGAGGUAAGAUGAUCCAUUAUAUGGUGUGUCUGACGAUAUGUAAUGGUUGCCGGUUUAUGUCCAUUUACUGCAAAAACUGUCUUCAAAAAUAAAUGAUGGUACUUGGUACUAAUAUUUCAUUUUAUUUCAUUUCUCCACUCCAGGUGAUGAUCUCUUCCAGAUUAGAGGUCAAAAUGGUUUACUCCUUAACUGCAUGGAUCCUCUACCAGAGGUCUCUGCAAAAGGGGAAGUGAAUGAUACGGCGGAUCAUGUUCUGGAAACUUUCUACCCUGUCUCCCCUACCAUUGACCUACAGGAAGUAUAUGUCUAUAAAAAGGAGUUAUAUAGCUCAGGUAAGAAGACAGUAUUCCUCUGUUCACUGCUGAAUUUGCUGAGUGUAACAUUAUGAGUGUUAGGUUCUCCAGCUGUCAGACUAUUAAAUGAUGUCUCUGUUUUCGGAGCAGGUUUCAGAGAUGACUACCCUUAUCAGCAUGCCCACACACUGUACUUCUCAGAGCGAGGGAGUGACAGCUGUAGACUCCGUCCAGAACAGUUGAGGGCUAAGAUGGUCAUGUUCUCCUUUGGAAACGCUCUGGCCCGUGCACACAAACAGUAUGGGGUGAGCAAAUAGAUGCCAUAUUCAGCAGGAUGUCAAGUGUUUCCCACAGGGGGAAUCUAUUUGUGGUGGUGUGUGAUUUGGGGAGUGGGGGGGUGAUGGGGACUGUGUGUGUUCCCUGAUUCAGAGAGCGAGGUGGGGGAUGGGGGUGGAGGCUAAUUAAUCAGCUGUGUGAUUGCAGAUGACAACUUGCUAAUGCUACAAUUCGUUAUGCAUGCGCACCCUGCAGUGCAGCGCCUGUUUGCGCCAUGUAUACCAAUACAUACUGAGUCUGAAGUAGGCACAUGUGAAAAAAAACUUAAUUUCUAAGGUGUGGCAGCUUAUAUUUAGCCGUGGCAGUGCGCCACAAUCAAGUACAUGUAGGGGAAACCAUGAUGUUUUUCUACACUGGAUUUUAGGGAAUAAAUAUAUUAUGAUGUUUAACCAGUGGCUGAUCCACAUUAUCUCACUCCAUAACUAUCCCACUCACUGUCUCUCUUUUGUAUCCUUUUCACCUUAUGUUUGUGUGUUUCAGCCCCAGCCUCAGCAUCUCUUAGAAAAGCCGAUAACUGUACAGGCAGUAGGAACCAAUGGCAGAGUUUUCCAGUUUUUGGUGUUCCAGCUGAACACGACCGAUCUCUCAGGUGACGACGGAAUCAAAAACCAGGUGCUUCAUUUUAACUCCAGCUGUACUUCCUUUGUUUAGGAAAAGCCAAAGUCACACAUGUUUGACAGGGCACAAACAGCCAUGCUGGCUCUGACUUGGAAGACCUCGUAAACUCUUCCAUAAACUUCACUUUAGCUUUGCAAUUAGUCUCAAAAAGGAUUUGUCUGAUGUUAUUUCACAGCUUCAAAGGCAUCUUCAUAACUGAAUAAUAUGAAAUCAAGAUCAGUUUGCCUGAGCUGUAAUGGAUCUCCUAAAUUGGUCCAUAUUUUUUUGAAUGUGCAAGGCACUAUUAAAUGAAAUUGUGCAGAAUAUUUCAACUUAUGAGUAGAGAUAGACCAAUGAAUCGGUUGGCCAAUUAAUCAGGCUUAUUAGUAACAUCUUGAAAUUAUCGGCAUCAUGCCAGCAUUUGUGACAGUUUCAAAUCUAAAACAGUCACUGGCUUGUGUUGGAUAUACAUUCUGUUUUGAUGCACAAAAUUAUGCCGUUUAGUAUUGCUUCUCAUGUGAAUAACAGCCAUGAAAUCAGAUGCAUGGCUUAAUGUACUUUGCGUUAUUGUUAGUGUAUUAAAAAUGUAAGAGACAUGUUAUCGGCUCAGAAAAAAACAACAAAAAAAAACUUGUCAAUACCAUGGUUUUGUGGCAAUAUUUCACUGAGCUAGUAUGUUCAGCAACUUUAUUUCUUACCUAGUUAGUAUUAUGAUAUUGUUCCUUUGACAAUGUGAUUGUCAUUGUAAAUCAGCCAUUGGCUGAGCCUCUUUCUUACUAAGGGUGUGGGCAUUGGCUGUCAAAAAACUGAUACCUAGUAAAUGUAAAAAUGAGUUUGGUGCUCUUUGUUCACAUUGUUUUUCUUAACACUUGUUUCUACUUUUAGUUGUGGCUGGAUAAAGAUGCUGAGCUCUAUGAAUUUGCAAAGGUCCGGCCCCUUAUAAAGAAAAAGGAAGUGAAGGUAUGAUAAUUGAAGAUGAAUGAAUGAAUGAAUGAAAGUGAAUAUCUGCAUUUAUGGCCAAUAUUUAACAGUCAUUUGGAGUGUGUUGUGCAAUCACACAGAAUCUUGUAUAAUUAUAGCAUGGACAGUGGGGUAGGUACCUGUGUUUGGUGUCUAGUUCAGCCCUUUAGUUUGCAGUCAAACAGACUGAAGUUAUGGGGCUGUUGUAGUUCAGUGGUGGAGCUGGUCAUCUCUUAAUUGUGAGGUUGUGGGUUCCCUGCCAUAAACCUCUAUGUAUGAAUGUAGAAUACAUAGGUGAAUAUAAGGUAUUGGAAAAAUGUUUUGAGUUGUCAGAAGACAAGAGAAUGCACUGAAUCAACACAGUUCAUAUAAAUAUAGUAGAUAAAAUACUGAUGCAUCUUAUGCACCCCAAAAGAAAACUAGGGCUGCAAGCAGCACUGAAUCAGACCUUGCAUCUCUGUGUUUAAUAUGCCAGAUGUUGCACCCACAGUCAAUAAGGUUGUGAAUCAUCAUUUGGUGUACAUCAUGAACCUACUGAAUCAUGUCCCACAUGACUUUGUUAUGUAUAGAUAAAGAAUAAAAACAAGCGUGCAAAACGAGAUAGGUAUUCAGAUCAGCCAUAUAAAAAUAGACAAACACACACAUCAAGUAGUGGAGAGUGGGGUAAGAUGAGCCAUUUUUUCAUAUUACAGAUCACUUCAUCAAAGCAAUCAUAGUUUUGUCUCUAACUAGUGUAUCUGCAUAUAUUUCAAGAUGUUGUGCAUCCCUGCAAACUAACAGAAUGAGUGUAAACAUAACUGUCUUGAUAAUUUAGCUUGCCAAAAACAGUGGUCUCCUAUUGUCGACUUACCCCAUGUAUAGGGUAAGUUGAGAAUAGGAGCAGGGUAAGUUGUUGAGCCAUUUUAACAUGAGAAUGCCUUUAAAUGAUUUAGAACAUUCACAGCUGUGUUUUUGAAAAGAAAAAGUAACACAUUUCAACAAUCUGAACUGAAACUCUGAUCCUCUCAUCAAACUCCUUUACUUUCUCAGUUGAGCCACUGGCUCAACUUACCCCUGGCCAAACGGCUCAACUUACCCCAGAACUACUAUUAUGACUUUAUUAGUCCUCUCAGCUAAAAUAGUGGACUUUUAUGCUAGGUUUUGACCUCAUGUUGUAGCGCAUAGAGGCCUCAAGUGAUGUAUAAAACAAAUUUAAAAUGAUCUUUUUUGGUCUAAACACAAUUCUAAAAAAAAUUAUGACAGACUAAAUUCACUUUCAAGAGUGGAAAAAGUUUUUUUGGAAAUAAAUGUCUAACCCCUUCACCCGUGUGCUUCUAACCUUCACAAACUCCAUGAAUUGAUGCCCGUCUCUUAUAUAUUUGGUCACAUGAUCAGUUUCUUUUACCUUUUCAAGCAACAGGGUGUGGCUCAACUUACCCUUUGGCUCAACUUAACCCCACUCCCCCAUACCCAAAAAACUGAAAGAUAUGAAAAUCAAGCUUUCAAAGAUGCACAAAAGUAGUAAUCAAAGGAACACAAUGAUGAUAAAUAAGCAAACCAUGCACACAAAAAUUAAUUGAUAAGCAUUAUAAGCAGAACAAAAACAAACAGCAUAAGAGAGGAAAUCCUGCAAACAUUAAUAAAUGCUUUUGAGGCAUAAAUGAAUUUACACAUACGCAAAUAAAACAUGCAAAAUAACAGAAAUUCAUAACAAGUAGGAUAUUCCAGUCAAGCAGAAAUUGCAAAAAUCUAAAUUUUGCAAAGAAAACAACCAAAUAGAUAAAGUUUACAUCCAGCAGGAGAGCAAGAUGUAUUGAAACCAAGACAUAGAAAGAAAUGCAGAUUAACCAUGCACUCUUGGUUAUACGUUUCUAUAAAUGAGCCAUUAAGAGCUCGGGAUAUACCUUGUUACUAGUACACCCAAAACCACUUCUUAGAACCCAGGCAGUAUUAUUAAAUUACUUUGGGAUGCAGAAAAGGUGUGUUCACAAUGACUUGCAUCAAACCCUCACAUGUACAAACACACAAGAACCCAUGCAGUACUGCUUGCAGUUCUUAUUUUUCAAUUAUUUUUAGUAUUUUUUAACUUCAACAGAAAAAGUAAAACUAUUAAAAAUUUAGUGGUUUUUGAUUAUUUGUCUUUUGUCUUUCUGCAGGUCCCAGCUGGACUAAAAGGAUACAAGCCAGAGACAUUCAGAAAAUUCCUGGCUCUGUAUCUGCAUGGAGCUGUGUCGGAUUAA